AUGAUUAGCCACUAUGUUCGAACUUUGAUUGGUGGCCUGUUGGUGAACAUCUCGUCCACGCUAAUCUGUUACGACUCGUCCGCAGCGCGUCCAUCGGAGACUGCAGAAUGCGGCAAAGACAUGUUCACAUUACCGCCACAGCCUGCGGAAAUACAUCACAUGUGGACGCAUCAUGACGCUCUUCUAGCAGACCAAAUCUCAGACGACGUCGAGGUAAAGGACGAAGUGUCUGGGAAAAGAGCAUCGUUGCUAAAAAUGUGCUACAGUGAAUAUUAUGCGGUGAACCGUAGCAGUACCGUACGCCAGUAUUUUGAUCGAUUCUGUGUACAUCAGAAGCACUGUGCAGAUCGUGGAAUCGAUCAGAUAUGUCAAACUUUGGAACAACUGGACAAGGGGAUUCAGAAAACGUUCUUCAAAUAUCAUCAUGCAAAACCGUCAAAGAAAACGUUAAUACAAAGUCGACGUCCUCGCGAAUUUCUUACAAACGCGUUGUGCGCUGCAGCACGAAAGGUCAUUCCGAAUGAGUCGAUCCGACGUGUUCAGUUGAACGUGCUUAGGGACCGUUGUAGUUAUGCCAGAGUAGGAAUCACACCGGGUAAGACUCAUUUCCCUCAUUCGCUCGGCCUCGGCCUGUUCAUUGUUCAUGACUACACUUUGACUAACCAACUCUCUUAA